GUUCCAUGACUUUUCUGUCUCGCCUCUCUUUCUUCUCUCUCCUUCAUUUCAGUUUCCCUCUCGCCUCUCGCCUCUCGGCUCUUCAUCAAUCUUCUCUUCUGUGGCCGCCUCUAUUUCUUCUCUUAUCUUCUCUGUCAAUUUCUCUUCAUCAAGAAGGACUAGAUCGAUGGCCAAGUUCAGAUCGGUUGUUUCCAUCAAUUCUCUUCUCUGGGUCAUCGGGUUUCGUUUGAAAUCUGAGUAUGAUGCCAUGGUGGUUGAAGUCUGAGCACGACCUCCACCACCACCGCUAGGACCAGAUCAAUCUAUUUUCUGAGAUAUUGGGUAUGAUGGUGCAUGAAGACUCGUACUUGAUCUUAAGGGCAUGGGUUUUCAUGAUGUUGAUGACUUUGAUUAUACUUCCAAAGCAUGUUAAUGACUCGAUGCGGUGGAAACAACAAGAAGGAAGAUGAGGGGCAGGGUAACAAGAAGGAAGAUGAGGGGCAUCGCAUUUUGAUUACAAAUGUUGCUUCAAUGCUGUCAUUCAAAGGAAGUCCUUAUUGGAUGGCCCCCGAGGUGGCUGCAAUAUUUAAGAUUGGAAACAGCAAAGGCAUGCCAGAUAUUCCUGAUUAUCUUUCCCAUGAUGCAAAGAAUUUUGUGAGGCUGUGCUUGCAAUGGAACCCAUCUGAGUGUGCUACUGCUUCUCAACUGCUAGACCACCCUUCCAUUAGAGAGCAAUUGUUGUCAUGUUCGAACAAGUUAUGGUGUUGAAAACUAUAGGGUUUGUGGAUAUGAAGCAAGCUGAUCCUUAGGGCGAUAUUAUGAUAUGGGAACUUCCCAAAUGGGAGCAAAUGUCCAAUGGCCUUGAUAAGGCUCCAACGGCCUUGUUUUUUAAUGUUAAUGAUUUGCACUUUUAAUUUUUUUUAUUGAUAAGGCUCCAACGGCCUUGAUUCCCAGUUUUCAAA